AGUUAAAUAGGAAGAAAAAUAGAAAAAGAAAGAGAGGUGUCUGGUGGUAUGGGUGAUGGCGGUAGCGGCAACUUCAGAAACAAUUGACGCUCAAAUUGGGCAUCUCACCGUCUAAAGAUUUUGAUUUUCUUGCACAGACCAAACCCUUCUCUCAUUUUCUGAGGAAGACGCGACAGAGGAGAGAAACAAGAAAAAGAAAAGAACAAAAAUGGGACCUUCGAAGCACGGUACGGACAAUAACAGGGGCCUCACUGGGCACGCAUACACCCUCUAUCAGCGUUUCAAUCAUGCUCUCAGCCUCGGUAACAGAUUUUGUGGUGACAAGGCAAAAAAAUGGCAGUGUAUGGAUAUCGAGAUACAAAGACAUGUGGUCCAUUCAAUAGCUGCAUUUCUUGAUUAUAUUUCUGGGGAUACGCUGCAUCAUCCACUUGUGAAGGCUUCAGUUUCUGACAUCGUCGGUGCAUUAGUUUGGAUUCUUCAAUCUAACAAGGGAGCCAUGUUGAGCAUGUCAGCAGAUGUGACAUUAAAAUUAGUCAGCAUUUUACCCAAAUCAGUACUGCAGCUUUAUGCAUUAGAUCUUGUUAAUCCUUUGUCAACUUUAUUAUCUUCGCAUCAAACAGAAGUUGCUAUAUCAUGUGCUGCAGCACUGAAUCUUAGUCUUUCAAACCUCAGUACCAAGAGCGGAAAAGAAGUUUGGGAUGUUCUCAAGAAAACAGAAAUGGUAUCUCAAGUUAUCAGUAACUUACGAUGCUUUCCUGGAUGUGCAAAGCCGGUAGAAUAUUUCCAACAGAUGGCUUUACUUUUGAGUACAAUACUAUGGUGGUGGCCUCCAUCUAGGUUUUCUGUUUGGAGUGAUGCUGAACUGAUGAAAAGUUUAAAUGAUAUGCUAAAGCUAGAUAAUUAUGGAAAAGCUGCAGUUUUGAAGUUGUAUUCUUCUAUAGCUUUAUGUGGUCAUGGGACCAAGAAAUUAUUAGAAAGUGGAGAGGUCCUUGAACAGAUGGUGCAAUGCAUGGACAACUCACAUCCUCAUUCUGUUCGAAUUGAAGGAUUCAAGCUAGCCCAGUGUUUAGCGAUAAAUGAAAAUACAGGCUUACAAAUGAUGAGAUUAUGUUGCAAGCCUAUUAUCAAAGCCAUAAUUUCGGGAAUGAGUGAGUUGAGCUCAAAUUCUAGAAAGGUCUCCAAUGACCAGAUGUCUUUGCUAGAGGAGGCAUGUCGCUUGGCUCUGAUUACUCGUUGGACAGGGGAGCAUCACAUUCAUUUAUGGAAACAAGGGAUUGACAAAAUCCUCCUUGAUCUUCUCCUUAAUUUUCGGAACCAACCGUACAAACAUUCCAUGUCAUUGGACGAGCAAAUAGCUACUGCUAAGGAGGGUCUCGAUGCCAAUUAUCUUCUUGUUCUGAGGAGUUACAUCUGGGAUAUUCUUGGAUGGCUUGCAAUACAUUGUGGGGAGGAUUUCCACCCUGAAAGUGAACUCUACAUUAACAUCCUCAUUACAUGUGCAUGCUUGACCUUUGUUGAUGCAAUUCGAAAGUGGCAUAAAAUAUAUGAAAAGGAUAAUGCUGGUGUCUUCAGAAGUGAGUCAGCAACAAGGGCAGUUUUGAUGAUGAUUUAUUCUCCUUGCAAAUACAUUGCAUCAAGGACCAGAACCAUAUUGUCUGAAAUACUAGAGCCAGAUGGAUUGGAGUAUCUGAAAACCUUAGUGCAUUUUCUAAAUAAUCUGUCAUCUUGGACUGAAUUUGGAAUGCCAGAUAGACUCCAAAUUAUCAUUUAUUUAAUGGGGUUCGCAUGCUAUUCAGGUUUGCCACAGUACCAAACCUGGGUGGUCAAACGAAGAGGGGUAAAAACAUUAUUGGCUCUUAUGAGGUGGUGCUUAAGUAAUGAUUUCCAUUUAGAAAGAUCGAGCUUUGCUCCACAUUUGCAUAAUGCAGUUUGUGAGAGGAUAUGCUGUUGGGUUUCUGCAGAAGACUGGGAAGGCAAAGACAUUCUUUUAUUUUACAGUUUGUGGGGACUGGCUGAGUUGAUACAGCAUUCUCUAUGUAUAGGAAAUAACCAAGACAGAAUUUCUUGUGAGAUGAGACAUAUAGAAGCUCAACUAGUUAGCGAACUUCAGGAUAUCUGUACCAACAGUUGUGCUCCUGGGCUGCAAUGGUAUGCUGCAUUUAUUCUUAGUUACUUUGGAUAUUAUGGCUUUCCAGGAAAACAUGCAAAAAGGAUUGGUAAAGCACUUAAUGAGAAGGAUGAUGCUGAUAUACAACUCAUUCUCGCAAAUGGGGAGUGUUUGAGUGUCCAUGGUGUUGUGCUUGCAAUUCAAUGUCCAUCGUUACUGCCUCCUGAAGUGCUGCUUCCUGGUGAGGUAACAUCUGAUGAUUCUUCAGGGCGAGGCUCUAUGGAGACUUGUAGAGGGUUUCAGAAAGACAUAAGAUUAUCUGCUCAUGUUGAUCACCAGGCGUUGGUGAUGUUGUUGGAGUAUAUCUAUUUGGGAUAUCUUCAAGCAGGAGAUGAACUUGCAAAAAAGUUGAGGAUUCUAGCCAAACGCUGUAAUCUACAGUCUCUGUUACAGAUUCUGUGUAGAAAACGUCCCAAGUGGGGCACUGCUUUCCCAAGCGUGGAUCUUAAUGUUGCUCUGGGUCCAUCUGGACAUUGUUUCUCGGAUGUCAUACUAGAAGCUAAAGCAACUGAGCUCUUGGGCUGGACAUGUCAUGUUUGCUCUCUACCACGGCCACAUAUGCAUUCUCACAAAGUUGUAUUGUCAUCAAGUUGUGAUUACUUGCGGGCCUUGUUUAAGUCAGGAAUGCAGGAGAGCCAUUUAGAAACCAUAAAGGUUUCUAUUAGUUGGGAAGCAAUGGUUAAACUAGGCGACUGCUUCUAUUCCGGUAAGCUGCCAAAGCCUCCCUCUGGAUGUUUAUGGAACAUUAUGGAUACUGAAGAAAAGUUGCAUGAGCUACAGCCAUACGUAGAGCUUUUUGGGCUUUCUGAGUUCUGGCUCAUGCAAGAUGUUCAAGAAGCAUGCUCAGAUGUAAUCGUAUCGUGUCUUGGUUCUUCCAGAGAGUUGUCUAUUAAAAUACUACACGUUGCUGCCAAUUUAUCUGUGUGGAAGUUGGCCGAAGUUGCAGCAACUUAUGCCGCACCUUUAUAUCGCCAGCUAUGCAAUUCUGGCGAACUUGAAUCGCUUGAUGAGAUGCUGGUUGAAAUGGUUCGUGCAGCCUCUGUUCAACUCUCUCAACAGGGCUAGCAGAGAGGACCAAGUGCCUAAAAUUUACAGUCCUCCAUCUAGCAGAUGAAGAACGUUGCUACACACGGGGAGAAGUGUGAUGGUAGAGGAUGGAUAUCUCUAUAGUAGGAGAAGGAACUCCACCAUUCAGCCUUGAUUUUUUUGUGUACUAUCAUUGAUGAUGCCUGUGCAUAACUUACGUGGAUUCGAGUGGAACAACCAGGAAGAAAUAAGAUUAUCACAGCAAUUCCAUUAAUGAAGUUGGGUUGUAGAACGAGGACAAGGUAUCUUACCAACUUACCAAGUACAAUACCCAGUUCAUAUCUUGGCUCAGAAGACCCUGCACAUGUAUACCAAAAAAAAAGAAUCGUGCACAUAUCACAAACCCAAGUGCCAUAAAAUUAUCAGGGGUUGAUGGUGGAGAAAGAAGAGCAGAUGUAGAAUUCAAGUGGCGAAUGAAAAACAGAUACCAAUUAAUCCUGAUGGACUGUACUGGUAAACCUUUGAGAAGAAAGUCUUCACCAUCAUGACAGAAGAAUGAAGGAAGAAAAUAUUGGAAAGAGGAUGAAAUAGGACUAAACCUGCCUUGAUCCCAUAAUAAUUUGAAAGUUUGGGUAAGAGUACAAAUUGCAGAACAGAUGAACAGUCACUCAAGCUGGGGAAUCAAAUGGCAGGUCACCAAUGACAAUUUGAGCAGGUCGGGAUGCACAAAGCCAAAUCUGCUACGAACUUCACUAUCUGCAUAGUUCAAAGCCUUCUGCAUCCCCUUCCAACAAGCUUCCCAAGUGUAAGCAGGGUUGUGUUCCCUGCUGCCAAGGCACACCCGGUGAAGUGCGUGACAAAAGGCCUUCUGAGUUUAUCCUUCCAAUAGCCCUUAUUCUUCAGAUAUUGCUCUCUGAUCGUUCCAUAGAACAAGCUCACCUUCUCUGCAUGUCUCCUCCUCAACAUUACCACCUCUCUAUCGAUCUCCAUAUACCUUUUGGUGAUAUUGUCAAGACCAUCCACUAUUCCCAA